CAUCACUGAUGACUAUUUGACUAAAAUCGGUAUGCAUGAGUUGGGGCCUCGUCUUAUAGUCAACUCAACGAUAGAGAAACUCUUGCAAACUCCUGAAAACGAUUCUCCUUCGUCUGGCACCAAGUCACCAUCAACUAAUACAGGAUCAUCAGGAAACGAAGCAAUACCUUCGAGUAACAUUGCAGGACCAGUCACACCCAAAGCAUUGUCAUCGACAAGCAGAGCAAAUUCAUCUGAUGUGGGACCUUCUACUCGUACACCUGUGAUGACAAAUAAUCAGAUGCGAGAAAUGCUCGAGAAGAAUAAUAAAUUUCGACGUGUAUUGUACUCCAAGCUGGAUGCGAAUAUAGUGCCUUCACACAAAGAGCUUCUUAUGAUGGUUCGAAUCAUAUGCAAAGAUACUGUUGACAAUCUAAUCAACAUUCAAAAGUAUCCUACAUUUGAAGAUAAAAAAGAGCUGGCUUUGAGAAUCAUCGAGACAUUCCCCAUACUGCGGAAGACCAAAGUGACAGAAAAUGCACCAGAUUACGUACGUUGAUUGUUAAUGAAUGUUAAUUAUAUUACCUUUGACUUAAUAACGUACAUAACUUGAUAUCUAAAUUAAAAGCAUAAUAUUUAUUCAGAUAAAUAAUAAAACUAACUUCGAUGUGCGCUAUCGAAUUAAUCGAUUAAUUGUUUGUUAAAAUCUAAUCUCUUAUGUAUUUUAGUCUAUGUUUUUCUGGAAGAACGGAGGAAAGAAACCUGGAGUGGAACACACAGGACUAAUUCAUUCGCAUAUCAGGAAUGCCUGCAAAAAUAUCCUUCCGGAAAAAAAGAAAUUCAUUCAUCAACGAAAAGGAAGUACAGUCACUAAUGUGUCACCCGAAAUUAUUCAAAAAGCUCAAGAUAUCGGAUGUGUCGACCCAGUACCGCUAAACUUUCACGCUAUUUCGAAAGUUAUGGCUGAAACGCAUGACCUCCUAAUGAUGCUGAAACGAGAGAAAAAAAAGGUGCAUGACAUCCUUUCGAUUUUUCCCCAUUUCAAAGCAUUUAACGGAGUAAUGGUAAGCUACAAUUUUUGAAUAUACAUGAUUUUUUUGUGUUUUAACAUAAAUUGGGAUUCGACAGAUUCAAAAGGCAUACGAACGGAUGAAUCCUGAUUGCAAUAAAUCUUCGCAUAUGAAAGAAGUUUUAUCCAGGGGAUUAAUGCUGGAAGACGAGAAUUUCAAUGGCGUUCUCGAUGGUAAUUGCUAUUGAGUUUCCAUAUUAUAUUGUAUAUUGUAAGGUAAUACUUUCUUUUUUCUCCAUAGAUCAUCUUCGUGGAUGUCUGCGGAUUUUUAUUGUUCUGGGAACGAGAGGAACCAACAAAACCGUUGCUAUCGAAUCAUUACCAGUAGAGGAGCAAAUGGUGGCACCUUUGGUUAGAUGGAUACCGGUAUGAU